AUGGCCCUGGGGCUCAGUGCUUCUCCACCAGUUGUGCUUCUGCUCCUGUCCCUGCUGGGUCUGGCUGCUGCUGGGAAGCUCCUGGUGGUGCCGGUGGAUGGGAGCCACUGGCUGAGCAUGCGGGAGGUGCUGGACAUGCUCCAGAAGAAGGGACACGAGGUGGUCGUGGUGGCACCCGAAGUCUCCAUGCACAUCAAACCAUCAAAGAACUUUGUGAUGAAAAGGCACUCCGGCCCCAUCACGCAGGAAGAGAUGGAGAAAGAUUUCAAGAUGUUUCUACAAACUUCAUUAGAAGAAGGGCCUUUUCUGAAAAGAUUUUUUAAAGUGUACCAACAUAUGAAAAGACUCGGUAAUUUGGCAGUCAGCAGUUGUGAACAUCUCCUGCAAAACAAAGAGCUCAUGAGGUACCUUGAGGAGAGCAAGUUUGAUGCCAUUCUUACAGACCCUGUAAUACCUUGUGGGGUGAUCCUGGCUGAGCAUCUUUCCCUUCCUUCUGUCUAUUUCUUACGAGGAAUCCCAUGUGAGUUAGAUUUUGAAGCCACUCAGUGUCCCAAUCCUCCUUCCUAUGUGCCCAGGUCACUUUCACAACUGACAGACCAAAUGACCUUUUUCCAGCGGGUGAAGAAUCUGCUCUUUGACACCCAAAACCUUUUCCUCUGUGAUUUUGCCUUUGAACCCUACUCAAAACUGGCUUCAGAGUUCCUGCAGAGGGAGGUGACUGUGCAGGAUCUCUUACGGAAGGGCUCUGUUUGGCUCCUGAGGUUGGAGUUUGUGCUAGAGUAUCCAAACUAG